AGUUUCACUUUAUUUUAAUAUUAAAAAUAAUGUCUCAACAUGUCUAAGCAUCAAUACAAUACUCUUUCCCCAAAGCUUAAAGAUUUACAAGACUGCACACUCCCUGUUCAACUGACUAUUAUGAACCAAAUUAUUUUCGGAGUACUCGAGCAUCAGGAUUUGGAUACGGGAACAAAUUUGAUUUCACAAAAGUCUAAUCCUAUACUGAAAGUUACUAUUAUCCAACGAGUUCAUUUUCAAGUAACAAAGGUGCAUCCUUUGGAUUCAGUAGAAGCAUGGUCAAAAACAGUUCCUAUUUGUAAAAUAACGAUGUUCCAGGUCCAGGAUCAUACUAUCAUAGUCCACAUAAAACUAUUGGCUUUUCUAUUGGGUAGAAAUUCGGUGUCUAUUAUCAUACUACAGAGAUACCUGGUCCUGGUGCAUACGAUCCAAAUAUUCAUAAGAAGAGAAGCAUCUCUAUCAACAAGGGUCCUGAGAGGUUCUCAACAGAAUCAACCUUUUUCCCAGGGCCUGGAGAGUACAAUGCAUAACUUCUACAAAAGAAAACAAAGUGUAGAUUUGGUAGUGCUAAAAGAAAGUGCUUUAUUGAUGAUGCCAUUAGAGCAGCCAAAAAGAGUGGAGGUAUUACUUAGUCUAUGCAACUAUUAUAGUUCCUGGGCCAGGCAACUAUGCAUCAAUUACCUAGUUUGUACAAUUAGAUAAGUAAAAGAGUAGACCAUCUACUGCAAAACAUUGA